AUGAGUAUGGAAUUUUAGUAAGGUGGACCCUUUUCUCAUGGUUACUAAGUUGGAGAAAAAAAGUUAUCUCCUGUUAACAGAAUCUUUGAAGUCCUCUUUUAUUAACUUAAAGAAGAAACAUAAGAAAUUGACUACUAUAAAGUUGAAUUAUUGGCUAAGUCAUUUAAGCCAAAGCUAAUUGUAGCUGGUUUUUCAGCCUACGGUAGAUUAAUCAACUUUGGAAGAUUCAGAAAUAUUUGUGAUUAAGUAGGGGCUAUUUUAUUAGCUGACAUAGGUCAUACGAGUGGUUUAAUGUCAGCAGGAGUGAUUCCUUCCCAUUCCCUUUGCAGAUGUUGUAAUGAGUACUACUCAUAAAUCCUUACGAGGACCAAGAGGAAAAUUGAUGAAUCCGUUGCCCCAGGAUUAGUAGCUGGUGCUCAUUUCCACACAAUUACUGCUAUAGCCGUGGCAUUAAAAGAAGCUUAAUCUUCAUCCUUUAUGCAACUAUAGUAGAAUGUUGUUGAAAAUAAUAAACAUUUUGCAGCAGAAUUCUAAAGAUUAGGAUUUGGUCUCAUUGGAGGGAAAACUGAAAAUCACUUAAUUUGGUAGAUUUGA